AUGACCCUAAAUUCCUGGGCUGAAAGGUGGGCCGAAACGUGGGGAUUGAGAGACAAUUUCGAGUCCACGGGAUUCAAGGUCGCUGCCUACGACAUAAUUUGGACCGGAUGCAAUGUCCCUGGACAAGGUGAUCAGCCAUACAAUGCAGGAGAACGUAUCCGGUUUCGAGAAUAUGACAACGAAGAUGGAACAAGUUGCACUCAUAAGAUGUCAUUUCAGUUCGGUACCUGGUUUGGGAUUUUUAAGUGUCAAGCUUCCGAAGAUUUCUAUUCAUACACAGCAACAUUAAGCAACUUCGAGUUCUUGGAUGGGAAUCCAGACCUGAACGAAAAUCUUGAACAGAUUGGAGCUCGAGAUGACUGGUUUACUUUCGAGUUCGUUGAUACCUUCGACGAUAACGGUUUGCCGUUUCUGUGGUGGAAAAAAUUCGAAGGAAGUAGCAUGAUCGGAUCGACCGCAUUAUUUGGAUGGGCGAAGUGCUGUAUGGAUGAAACUGUAGAAACCGAUUAG